AUGCACACCACAGGCCUCGCCGGUCCCUCUACAUGGCACCGGGCUGUUACGCCGACGGCGGCUUACUCGCGCCGCCCGCCGAGCCCACCCUCUAUUCCGACUCAGAUGGUCCGGGGCGACGAGUCUAGCUGCCCCGUCUCCUACACCCUUAAGCCGACCGAGGACUACCUCGACGCCAUCCAACUCACCCGUGCCCAGUUGGCUGCCGUGACGCGCGGGCGAAAGCAAUGCUCCGUUAACCGCGCGAGCCCCUGGGUAUACGAGCAGCGUCGUUACUUCCACUCCAUCCUCGACUACAUGAGCCUCGGCCCUGUCAGCGUCGUCCGUGACCGCGCCUACCUCGCGCGCGAGCAGAUUUCCAUGAUUGUCCACGUCCGUGACGCGCGGAUGCCCCCAACACGCGCUGUUGAUGAUGCCUGUAGGGCCUUGCCUGGGCUCACAAAGUUUGAGGUCGCCGUUCGCAACGACUUUGACCUCCUCCACCAGCUCCCCGCGAUCAUCCAUACAAUAAAUACACACAUGAUCGAGUUGAGCGACGAGACGGCGUGUCAGACCGACGUCACACCGCGUAUCGGCAGAAUUUUGGUCACCUGCGCCACGGGAAACGACCUCUCUGCGCUCCUCGUGGCAGGCUACGUCAUGGCCAUGUUUGGGCUGUCCACGAGCAAGGUGGUGGGUUUUGUGAGCUUGCAGCGCUUCUGCUGCACAUUUGAUGAGGACAUCAAGCGCAUCCUACAGACUUGGGAGGAUAUCCUCAAAGCCACGGCUGUUGUCUCCAGGGACCGGGCGGCCACGCAGAACACGGCCCGACUACCAAAGUCCAAACGUGACGUGCAUGACAUGAUGAGCUCCGACUUGAGCACGGACGACAGCUUGUGCGAUGACAUGGAUCGCUUUACUGGAAGAGAGGCUUUUGGCCCUUUCAUGGAUAUGGACUAG